UUUUUUAAAGUGAUUCCAACUGCUGCCACUCCUCCCCUAAGGGUCGCAUAGCUCAAGCCCUGCUUAGACAGUUGAUGCGCGCGCAAACGUCGCCUCAUCCUCACCGGCGGUGGUGGCGGUGCCUGGAUAAAGACCGCACGCGACCACCCUCUUCGCGACCCACCAAAACGCACACACCCUCGAAGUUGGAAAAAGAGCCGCUCAAUUCCAGCGAUAUCUCCUGCGACCGCAACUCUGAGCGGCAACCGUGUUCAGUAUCCGCGCGCGAUCUGUCCAAGUCGAGUCGCGUAUCGCUCAGCUGGGUUUGUUGUUUUUGUUUUCUUCAACUCCGCGAGAACCGCCGCCAAGUCGCGCAAUUCGCCAGCCACUUGCAGUUCGGUCGCGGCCAAGAUCUGAUCGUCGUCGUCAUUUUCAGGUUUGCAAAACCGAUGAGUGAGGUUCCACAUCUCUCUCACUGACUCUCAAUUGGCCAAUCACUUACAUUUUGCGCGCCUCCAAACGGCAAUUUACUACUCUCCAUUAUGACGACGAUCAGCUGCAUUGACGUACGUCCUGUCCCAGCAGAUCUGUCCGACCAAUCAACCCAAUGACCGACUGAGGGUCGGCGUGAUGUAAUGGCGUUUGCUCGCUGUUUUGUCGUACGAAACGUAAGCAGCUAUGCAGAUUUUGCCUACUGCAGUGCCGGGAUGAUCCAAUUCGCACUGUUGGUUGAAUUUGGCCCAUACGCCUCCUUGGCUGGUGAUAACAGGUCCGUUUUAAGUACGUGACGCGAAAUACGAUAACAGAGAAGCGCUUGGAGUGUCCAGCGGGCAAACAUUAUCAUUUGACAAAGUCCUCAGCGUUAGUCAACCCGAUGACGAAGCGCUCGUUCUUUCGAGAACCGACACCGAUUAGAAACGAUUACAACGCGCACUUUUAUCACAACCAAGACGCAACGACGAAGACCUGCCGAACGGAAAUGAUCAAUUGUGCUGUUGUGCAACUAGGGAGAAAGAACCAUCCCACCGAAGUCUGACAUAAACAAACCAAUCAGUCAUAAGCCGUAAUGGCAAGAAUUUCAGUUGAAAGAUGAUUUGAAGUGGCUAAACGUGUGGUUUAAAGUGCAAUUAAAACAAUUAAAGUGCAAGAAGAUCCGCCGUCAAAUAGCAGGAAAAAUGCGAUGAUGCAACCAGAAUAAAAAGUAUCAAGUGCAAUACUUAAGAAGAGCAGGUGAAUUUAUUUGAGUGUUUGGAAAU